AAAAUGUCCUAUAUCUAUAUUUUCAUUUUCCAUUUUGAAGUUUGUCGGUUAUCCUUGUAUUGCAAUUUGGAAGAUUAUAAAUUGUUUAAUACUAUUCAAAUAAAAUAAAUAUUUAUUGUUAGUGAAACAUUAGUUGUAGAAACCGCGUAGUUGUUUUUAAAACUUGAACGUCGUGUAAAUUUGCUCCUGAAAGUUCAAAACUUCAAAGCAAAGUGAGGCAAAUAGCUUCCACCGUGGAUGUUUUUCCUGAGAUGGUUAAUUCUCCAAAGAGACAUUAUGAAGAAUUGGACAAUUUAGUAGGGUGCCGCAGACGGGGACGGCUCGCCUCCAGAUGCUGCGGCAGCCCACUGGAAGGGGUGUGGCUGGGGGAGGGAGUGCAGACGACCAGGACUCGGGCAGUUGCAGUCAGCUGGAGAUGUCCAGACUCACUCCGGGCACCACUUCGCCGGCCGGCACUCUCCAUUCGCCAGACGACGAUGAGGAACGCGGCAACUUGGUUGAGGAGCGGGGUGGAGGUGGAGCGUCGUCGAGCCAGGCGCACGACUCUGUGGAUUGCGGAAUCAUCGGCGGCAACAUGGACUACAGAGUCAUCUUCAUCAACGCCCCGCAGCCGGCCAAGUUCUGCUCCAACCACAUCUCCACUGCCAAGUACAGCAUCAUCUCAUUCAUUCCCAGCUUCCUCUUCGAACAGUUUCGCCGCUAUGCCAACUGCUUCUUCCUGCUCAUCGCCCUGCUACAGGUUCGUUAAAUUUCCUAUCAAUUUACAAAAAAAUAUGGUUCUAUCAUUUAAUUCCAAGGUGAAAUGUAGUUCUUCUACAAUUCUGCUCAAUUGACUAUCAAUCUACA